AUUCUUAAGUUGCUAAAAAGUGUUUGUUUAUUGUUUGUUAAAAUCAUGAACAGAUAUUACUUUUAUCAGGUGCUUCUUCUGCAUCUAUGGAGAUAGAUAAGUAUACACUUUUUCAUUUUUAUUCUUUUGAUAUUUAUCUUUAUUCCCAUUGAUUAAUUUUGGAAUGUUAAGGCAGUCUCUCAUUCCUGAAAGAAAUUCAACCUGACAGUGUUGUAUUUUUCUAUCCAUAAUUAUUUUCGAUAAGAUUUUUGCAUUUAUGUUCAUGAGAUUUCAGCCUCUAAUUUUCUUGUCAGGUUUGGUAUUAAGGUGAUGCUGAAAUCAAAACAAGUUAGGACACAUUCCUGCUUUUCUUCUUUUCUGGAAGAGUUCACGUAAUUUGAUAUUUCUUUCUUAACCAUUUGGGUGAAAACUCUCAAUGAAAUGCUUUAGAACUAGGGUUACAGACCAUGUUUUGGGAAACAGUGGUCUAGAGAGAAAGACUUAAAUGUGAACUAGUCAAUUGCUGUCAGUUUGAAUACUCUUGUUUUUAUUCAUUUCCUCCCUUACGCAGCACCGGUCACUUCACCUUUUCCUUCCUGGCUGUGUGCGGCUCAGCAAAGUCACUACACAGGAGAGCAGUGAGCCAUUUGAGGCCUGAGCCUGGUCCUCAGGGAUUCUCUCUCUCACUGCCACCAGGAGGCCUGCCCCAGCCCUGCUCAGCCAUCUCCACACUCCUCUGACAGAAUGAAUGCCCUGGAUGGUGUCCCCUUCAAGGUGCCCAAGGGCUUUGUGAUAGGCACAGAGCCCCUCCCUGCGCCAGAGCUCAGUGUCCCAGACUGCAGGGAGCUUCUGCUGGGUUCUAUGCAUGACUUCAGCCUGGAGAGGAGGACGCUCUUCUGGGUGGAGGCUGUCGUCCGGGGACCCUGCCCGGUCCAGUGCGAUGCCCCGGGGGCAGCUUCAGCCCCUCCCGCCUGGCUCUUGCUGGUCAGUCCCGAGCAGGGGCUGGAGCCCAUGCCUGCCGCAGCCCAAGGUUCUGAGGCUGGACCCCAGGAGCGUCCUGAGGAAGACGAGGGGGUGGAGGAGGACCAGGAUGAGGAAGAAGCCUCCUCUGGGGUGGAGGAAGAGCUGGACGCCUGCAGCCCCCAGCCCAGCUCCCCGGCGAGCCCCAGCCUGGGUCAACACCGCUGCUCGCUGGACGUGCUGCGCGGCGUGAGGUCGGAGCUGGCCGGGGCGCGGCGGCGGCUCUCCGAAGGCCGGCUGGCCGCCCGGCCUCGCAACCUCCUGCACCGCAUCCGCCACCGAGCUCUGAGCCUCUGCCCCGGCCCCGCGCCAGCCCUGGGCCCGGUGCCCCCGCUCCCCAGCUCCCCGACGCCGCCCCGGGGCCCCGAGCCACCGCUCCCCAGCACCCCUGCGCUGCCCCGGGGCCCCGAGCCACUGCUCCCCAGCACCCCGGCGCCGCGCCGGGGCCCCGAGCCACCGCUCCCCAGCACCCCUGCGCUGCCCCCGCGGCCGUCCACGGCCGGCGCCAGGCCCCCGCUGCGGAGCCACAAGCCCAUGGUCGCGUCCCUCAAUCCGUACACCUGCCUGCCACCUCCUGGGCAGGUGCCCCAGCCUCUCGCCACCCACAGAUUGCACCCUGAUUCUGCUGACUUGCUGUCUGCCCUGAGCCAGGAGGAGCAAGACCUCAUCGGGCCAGUGGUCGCCCUGGGUUAUCCCCUUCACAGGGCCAUCGUGGCUCUGCAGAAGACGGGGCGGCAGAGCCUAAGCCAGUUUCUCAGCUACCUAAGCGCCUGUGACCGGCUGCUGCGACAGGGCUAUGAAGAGGGCCUGGUGGACGAGGCCAUGGAGAUGUUCCAGUUCUCUGAGAGCCAGGCAGGGGAGUUCCUGCGUCUCUCAGAGCAGUUCAGCGACAUGGGCUUCCAACAGGACCGCAUCAAGGAGGUGCUGCUGGUCCAUGGCAACCGCCGAGAGCAAGCCCUGGAGGAGCUGGUGGCCUGUGCCCAGUAACCCUGGGCGCACCUGGUCCCAAUGCCAGACCUGGCGAUCCAUCCUCACCGUAUUAUGAGGACCACAUAAGAAUAACAAAGUGAUGUGUGCUCAUUGUACAAAUGCAAACGAUGCCAAGGGUGGGAGUAAAUACUGUAGGGGAGGGAAAACUUUACCCGCCUUAGGAUUUCAACUGGGGCUCUUUAACAAAAUAACAGAUUAAUAAGAGAAAAAUAAUGUAUUAAUGCAUGGGGUACACAUCUCGCCAGAGAAACGUCAGUGAAAAGCAACUCAAAAUAGUUUAGAACUCUGGCUUAUCUAGAAUCUUUAACAAAAAACAAUAAAUCUGUAGAUAAAUGACAGGACAAAGGAAAACAGUUUUGGACUUCCAAGGACGGCAGACUGUAUGGGAGGGAACUAACAGAGUAAGGUUUUUUGUAGGUUCCAUUGGUACGUUUCUGGGCUGAUAAAAAUGUCUCCAGAAAAGGAGAACUUAUAUCCUGCCUUUAAGCAGAAAAGAGGGGAAGGGUAGGGAAAGCUUUUCCUGCAUUUGCUGCUUCUUAAUUGCCUUCAGCUCAAAAUAAUUAUGUCAAAGAGGCAUAUUUUGGGGUGACAUUCUGGUUUCCUUCAAUAUCAAAAGAAUCAGCUAAAAGAGUUGAACGUGGCUCCUUGUGGGGAGGGGCAGAUGGGGGUGCAUGGGCAAGGAACUGUGUGUUUUCAUAUAAGCCGUGUAAAAUGACCUAUAUCUGAUUCUUUAAACUAUGGGCAUUAGUAUCUUUGAGUUUAAGAAAAUUAAAACAAAUAAAUGAUGUUCAGUU